UGGAGGUGAAUGAGACAAUCAUCCCCCGCUCAUUGCUAUCUUUAAUUCACUUUUCUCAAGGGCCAAGUACAGCAGUCGCGAAUGAUACCCCAAACUUUUUCAUGCAUAUUUGGCACCAAUAUACAAUAUCAUGACUGCAUUACCCUUAACGCACCCCUUCCCUUUUCUCUUUUUCUCUCUCAUGGCUGAUUAUGAUCUGUUUUAUUAUUUUAAGAACUAUUAUAUAUCUCAGAAAGCAGAAAAAAAAGCUACCCUUUAUUGCCUGAUUUGAAGAGAUCAGCUAAAUGCAGUCAGCAGAUAUGAAUCUAUCCAUUAAUGGCCAGUCUCAGGUUCCUCCUGGUUUUAGAUUUCAUCCCACUGAAGAAGAACUUCUUCACUAUUACCUCGGAAAGAAAGUAGCUUCUCAAAAGAUAGAUCUUGAUGUUAUACCAGAAGUUGAUCUUAACAAACUUGAGCCUUGGGAUAUACAAGAGAAGUGUAAAGUAGGUUCCAGUUCCAGCCCACAGAAUGGUUGGUACUUCUUCAGCCACAAGGACAAGAAAUACCCAACGGGGACCCGAACGAAUCGUGCCACGGCUUCCGGAUUUUGGAAAGCCACUGGUCGCGAUAAGAUUAUCUAUUGUGGGUUUAGAAGAAUUGGGUUGAGGAAGACGUUGGUGUUUUAUAAGGGACGAGCGCCUCAUGGUAAGAAAUCCGAUUGGAUUAUGCAUGAAUAUAGGCUCGAUAAUGACUCUAAUGUCCAGAGUUUCAAAACCAUUGGAGAUUCUAUGGCCGAAGAUGGUUGGGUGGUUUGCCGUGUAUUUAGAAAGAAGAAUUAUCAGAAAACCCUAGAGGAUCCGAAAAGCUCAUCUUCUUACACUUCACCGGAUCCAGAGGCGCCGAUGGUUUUCUCCGGUAACGAGGAGGUUCUAGAUCAAGUUCUUCAGUGUAUGGGAAAGACUUGCAAAAUGGAGAAUGAUUUAUUUACCAGCACGAACAAUCCGAGAAGUUUUGAAGAAAACAAACAUGAAAUGUUUAUGCAUAUGCCCAGACUGGAAAGCCCAACUCUCCCUCCGCUUCCCAUUCAUAGUCCACUCUUGGAUCAAGAAACAAGCUUCAAGCCGUGUUACCAAUCCAUCGACGAUACCCUGAUCACUGUAACCCAACCAUCUUCGAUCAACCAAGGGGAUAGUGGUGCUUAUGAUCAUCAUCAGACGGAUUCAGUGAUUGAUGAUAAUAAUGGAUCCAAAAACAUUUGGGUUAAUGACUGGGUCACACUGGACCGAUUUGUGGCAUCUCAGUUAAAUGGUCAAGUAGAGACAAGCAAGCAACAAUCAUAUUUGAGUGACCCUAGUGUGGCUUUCAGUCUUUGUCACCAUGAUGAUAUUCAAUUAUCGAACAUACGUUUGCAGAGAUCAAAUCAAAACUCUCAGGUUUAUGGCGACGAGAUUGAUCUAUGGAGCUUGACGAAGUCAUCAUCACCGUCGUCAUCAUCAGACCCCUUCUACCAGUGUCGGUAUAAUUGAAGUACGUAUCAUCAAGAUCAUACAAAGAAGCCUACUCAUUUGUCAAAGUCUCUGAGGUAUAUGUGGAAAUAUAUACGCGGAUAUAUACGUACGUGUAAAAAUGUGAAUGCAAAUGCAUACGUAUUUGCAUAAAUAAGGGUGAAAUAUGAGAGAUGGGAUGGCAUUGUCAAAGUUUACUAAAUAACGAUGUGAUCGAUCUAAUUUCCCCUCA